AAGAUUAAGUUGUCCAUGGAGAGUCAAAGUGCUCAAGAUAUGCCACUCCGCUCCACAGUGCUCACCGCUACGGUCGCCUUGGUUAGCUGCUCUGGACAGCAAUUACUUGCGAUGAAGUUCCUUGUGCUCCUCACCAUGAGUGUGGCCGUGACCCAGGCAAACAGCGCGCUUCCCGUUGCUGAGGAGAAUAGCUGUUCAGGCCUCAAGAACGAUCGCUCUCUUUUAUCCAGUCUACUGACGGUCGCAGGCUACAGUGACACUUGCGUGGCUGCCGCCCUGGACUCCUGUAGGACGGGGCAAGAGGUCAACCGCUACGCGUCCCUCGUGGAGGAUGCAAGGGAAGUGGUGCAGCAGGUCAGUGUUGCUGUAAACAAAUGGGAGUCUCGGCCACGUCACUGCAAGGACUUACUGGACUCCGGGGACAGUGGGAGCGGCCUGCGCCAGGUAUACCCUUUCCCUGGGCAACCCCACCACCGCGUCACCGUGUUUUGCGACCACACCGUCGACGGCGGGGGUUGGACCGUCUUCCAGCGGCGCACCAGUGAUGCCGUCCGCCAAGAUUUCUUCCGCACUUGGAUCGAGUAUCAGUUGGGCUUCGGCGACCUGGAGGGUGAAUUCUGGCUGGGCCUUGACCUUCUGCACCAGCUGACCUCCACCACCUUGCAGGAGCUACGGACUGACCUGCACGAUUACGAGGGAGAACAUCGGUGGGCUAAGUACGGAUUCUUCCACGUGGGCACACCAGCGACCAAGUUCCGCCUCAGUGUUGGAAGGUACAGUGGCGAUGCAGGGGACAGCCUAGCAGGUCAUAGCGGUUUCUCAUUCAGCACACAUGAUGCUGACAACGACGAGGGAAAUGACAACUGCGCCCAAAAAUUCCGGGGAGGCUUUUGGUACGCUGCGUGCCACAGAGCAAACCUGAACGGCUAUCAGCAUGUGGGCAACCACACCUCCUUCGCCGACGGCAUCAACUGGUUUCACUGGAAGGGCUACCACUACUCCCUCAAACAAACGUCCCUCAUGACCCGCCCCGCCUUCUGAGCCGCUCUCUUGUUGGCAGCGGAAGGCACGAUGAGAGGUGCGCACACUGCACACAAGCACACACCACACAGGACGCUGUGCCAGACCACCACUGUAAUGUAUCACUAUGCACAGGACGCUGUGCCAGACCACCACUGUAAUGUAUCACUAUGCACAGGACGCAGCGCCAGACCACCACUGUAAUGUAUCACUAUGCACAGGACGCUGUGCCAGACCACCACUGUUAAGUAUCACUAUGCACAGGACGCUGUGCCAGACCACCACUGUUAAGUAUCACUAUGCACAGGACGCUGUGCCAGACCACCACUGUUAUGUAUCACUAUGCACAGGACGUUGUGCCAGACCACCACUGUUAUGUAUCACUAUGCACAGGACGCUGUGCCAGACCACCACUGUUAUGUAUCACUAUGCACAGGAUGUUGUGCCAGACCACCACUAGUAUGUAUCACUAUGCACAGGACGCUGUGCCAGACCACCACUGUUAUGUAUCACUAUGCACAGGACGUUGUGCCAGACCACCACUGUUAUGUAUCACUCACCUACUCUUACGACCAGCCCCAUGUAAAGGAAUACCCCAAUUUUAUUCAUAGUGGUAUCCAUAUUAGGGCCCACAUCACCACCCAAGUGCAUCUUUGGUGUAAGGCAAUUACAUCUCCACCUACAGCCUGGGUAUCAUGGUGACAUGUAGGUAACUCUAAACCA